UUCAGGGUGAGAUGACAGCCAGGGAGCAGAAGGGGCAUUCACAGAAGGAUGUGUUCCUGCCCAGGUCCUGCCCCCAUGCUUGGCAUGCACAAGGGCUGCGAGCUUAUGGCUUGGCAAGGCUGGGAGCUGAGACUGGGAGAGGAGCACUGAGCACUUUGACCUGGGGCUGGUCCCCCCCAUCAGAUAUUCAUAGCCUCUUUUCCCAGCUGCUGGCCCCAUGCAGCUGUGCAAUGGCAAGAACGGGGUCUCAGGGUGUCCCCAGCUAUAUCCCCUGCCAGGAAGCAACCUAUUCCUCCUGAUUACAUGGGAGCAUCAGCCCUUGAGCUGAUAGGUGCAGGUAUGACUGUGUCCUCCUGCCCUGUGGGUACAGAAGUUGGGCUGGCACCACCCUCACCAUGGCAUUGCACACAGCAGCUGGAGCCUCCUGCAGCAGCUGGAUGCUACCUUCAAGAGCAGGUGCAAUUGGAGAGCUGCACGGGCCUCAAAUGCAAGCGCAAACGAGACAUCAUGGCUGGAGAACUUGGUGUGCCCCUGCUCUGCUGCUGCCCCAUGCCAGGGGGUGGGUGGGCCUCUGGCACGCCCAGCAACCCACUAACGCAAAUAGCCAGUGGCUCCUCUCCACCCCGCUCCCCUCCUGGCUCAUGCAUGGGCUCCAAUUUCUCAGCGUCAGCCUCCGCCAGCGCUCAGCUGUCCAUUCCCCUCUGGGCUGUCACUCCUGCUCUCCACGGGGACUGGGGCGGCUGCCCCCCUCCCUGCACACCCGGCACAGAGGGCUGGGGGCUCCGCAGGCAACAGGAUCCCCAACGUCGGCCACCCUUUCCAGGGAUUUUCAUCGGAGGACAAGAGCUCCAAACACGGCCAUGACAGAGAAGGAAGUGCCAGAGCCACCAGCUUCACCUGCUUCAGGUGGGAAACCCAAGAGCCGGCAGCUACAGAAACUGAAGCAACUUUUCCAGCGAAAGCCCAAGGAGGAGACAGCGCCAGAGCCGCAGCCCAAUGGGGAGCUGGUCAGCCCCUCAGGGGGACCCAUUUACUACAUCUAUGAGGAGGAGGAAGAGGAGGAGGAGGAAGAGGAGCCUGAGCCCCCUCCUGAGCCCCAGAAACUUGUCAAUGAUAAACCCCACAAGUUCAAAGAUCAUUACUUCAAAAAGCCCAAGUUCUGUGAUGUUUGUGCCCGCAUGAUUGUCCUCAACAACAAAUUUGGCCUGAGGUGCAAGAACUGCAAAACCAACAUCCACCACCACUGCCAGUCCUACGUGGAGAUGCAGCGCUGCUUUGGCAAAAUCCCCCCAGGGUUUCGCCGGGCGUACAGCUCGCCUCUCUACAGUGACCAGCAAUACGCCUGUGUCAAGGAGCUUCUCUCAGCAGCCAACAGGAGCGACCCCGUGUUCGAGACCCUGAGAACAGGCGUCAUUAUGGCCAACAAGGAGCGCAAAAAAGGGCAGGAUGACAAGAAAAACCCUUUGGCUGCUAUGAUGGAUGAGGAACCAGAGGCCACGAAGCCAGAAGGGGGCAAAACCGAGGGCGGCACCUCCGAAGGGGACAAGAAGACUGAGAAGAGCCCAACAGAUGACAAGAACAAGAAGCCACAGCCAGGGAUUCGUGGUGGCUAUCUGCAGUCUCACUAUUUUGUGGCACUUUAUCGCUUCAAAGCCCUGGAGAAAGAUGACCUGGAUUUCCCGCCGGGGGAGAAGAUCACGGUGGUUGAUGACUCCAAUGAGGAGUGGUGGCGGGGGAAGAUCGGUGAAAAAAUUGGCUACUUCCCUCCAAACUUCAUCAUCCGGGUACGGGCAGGCGAGCGGGUGCACAAGGUGACACGCUCCUUUGUGGGCAACCGGGAGAUUGGGCAGAUCACGCUCAAGAAGGAUCAGAUCGUGGUGCAGAAGGGUGAGGAGGUGAACGGUUACGUGAAAGUCUACACCGGCCGCAAAGUGGGGCUCUUCCCUGUGGACUUCCUGCAGGAGAUCUGAGUGGGGCAGCGUCCCAGGGCCCCCCAGCCGGGAGGACAGAUGGACCCUGGCUACAGGGAGCUGAGCCUGAGCCAGGCAGGGAUGGGGAUGGGGAUGGGGACAGGGAUGGCAGGCACCCCCAUCCCUGCUGCCUGCAGCAAUGGGGUCUCCGCUGGGGACUGUCUCUGCCCAG